CACCGGCUCUCACCACCGUUACCAUGGCAGCACGUACACAAGCGAACGGCUCUCAGCCCAGUGCUCGCCCCUCCCCGCUGCAAUCAUUGGCAACUUCCAUAGCAACGAAGAGACGCAGAUGAUCCCGGGCUAGACUCGUCCGGGAGAAGUGCGGUUGUGACAGGCGACUGUAUCGGCAUCUGCUUAUAACCGGAGAUAGAGCCCCCUGACGAGCAAGCGGAUAUGGCGGAGGAGGGUCGGUAGGGACAGCUCUGUGUCUGCGGUGACUCUACUGGAGCGCUGAUUCGUGUACAGACGGUGCGGUUUCCUAGCAACCCCGCGGAUCAACAGAGCUCGCCACAAGUUUAAUAUGGAGCAGUCUGCAGCCUACAACAAUGGAAGGUCCUCUAAGACGGCUUUAAAAUUUUUACCACAGCUACCUGAGGUUAGUUCCAAGCCAGAAUGGAGAAAAGCCCCGCCGUCUUUUCUUUUGAGAGAAGAGAAGAAAGAUGAAUCAAAAGUCCAUGAUAUUUACAACUUCUCACAAAGUUUUCUUGGGAACCCAAUACACAACAGAACAAAACUCUUGAACUCUAGCUUUCCGAAGCAAAGACCUUCAAAAUAUGAUGAUUUAUCAGCCAUACCUUCUGUAAAAAUGAGAAGCAGUUAUUCCCACCCAAAGAAAGAUCGUGAGCAAUUCAGAAGUGCCCUUGUAGACAUUAUAAUGAAAAAUGAUGGUGCUUCAGUGCAGCCUUUACAUUUUGACCAUCCUAGCUCAUCUUCUGGUUCACCUUCAAUAGAUAAAGACAUAUUGAGGUACAAUUACUAUAUAAGCCAUGGGAUUGACACUGAACAUGUAGCAUCUAUGGAAGACUCAUGGUUAGAAAAUGUGUUACAUUUGGUCCCUGAACACCUAAAGGUUUACACAGAUAGUAUUUACAUUUUGUCAGAUGAAAUGAAAGAGGAUUAUCUUCUUAGUGUAAAGAAAGCAAUUGUUGACUUUGUUUUAAAAGAUCCAAGAGAGAAGAAUGAGAAAAAGGACCUAUCUCUGGAACCACAUCGCUUAGAAUUGGAAGUAGUUCCAAAACCCUGGAAUAAGUCAUUUUUGACAAAUUACAACUUCAUUAAGGAGAAUUUGAAUAUAAUAAACCCAACAAUGGCUGCUGUUUUAGAUUUAUGGCAUUCAUCAUUCAGGCAAUUACGUCUUGUUGAUACUGAUGAAUUUCACAACCGCCAGGAGUCAAUGGAGCUAUCAAUCUUCCAAAACCUUGUCAUGAGACAUAUUGAUUCUGCCAAAGAUAAAUUACUAAAGAAAUGGUUUCCGGAAAUUCAGAACAUCUAUUACCAAGGAAACAAGAGAAAGCAAAUUCCUAGUAAUAGCAACUAUAAGAAACUUGAAUCAUUUUUUAAUUGUGCUGCUACACUAAUGACAGAACAGCUGCAGAGCCUCGCUCUAGCAUCCAUGCAGGAUUACACAAAUCUAAUUGUACAACCACCAGAUUCAGUUCGUGCCUAUGAACAUCCAGGGUUUAUAUUAAGACUCAUUCUUGACAAUGUUUCAAUUAAAUUUGAACCUGACUUUAGUGAUUAUGAAGUUGUGCUUUUAAAUGUCUAUGAUGUGAUGUGUAAAGCAAUCAGUUUGGUUCCAAGAGUUGAAACAAAGCUAUAUUCAGAAUGGGAUCAUCAGUCAAAAUUAACUUUAAAGCCAAUUGUUCCUGAAGAGAUUUUUGAAGAACACAAAAGAAAAGUCAAGGAAUUUGUAGUUCUUGAGAGCCUUUUGCCUAAGGAACACUUAAAACUUUAUGAUAAAUACAGCGUCAUCAUAACCAAACAGGCAGACUUGGAUGUUCAGCAGUUUUUAGCCGAGACACAUACAUUUGAAGAAAUUAUGAGAGAGGUCAUGAAAUAUGAAAAACUCACAGAAGAAAUACAAUAUAAUUCAAGAAAGAUUGUCCGGUUAGGAAUGUUUGAACUCCACUGUGAUGAAUUGAUCCGAGCACUGGCCAAGCGAACAGAAUCUAUAUGUGGAAAACUGAUUGGAAAAAUGUUUAAGGAUCAUCAGGACAGCAACAGAAGGCUGUGUGAUGAAUUUGAAAAAAUUGCAGAAAAGGCUCUCAGCACUCCUCCAAAUACACAAGAACUCAUGGAAUUGAAGGAAUUCAUUCAGAAGGUGGAAGCACAGGAUAUGAUGGAUAUGGAGUUGAAACUUGUUGAGGCCAAAAACCGCCUCUUGUUUCUUGUGGAUUAUGUGACUUUGUCCCCUGCAGACAUACGUUUGAACAAUAGCACCUUUCAGUGGCAUGGCCGAAUGGGAGAAGUUUUUGAGGAGCACAAAAAGAUAAUAAGGGAAAAGACUGAGCAGUAUCAGGAGGGACUAAAGUUGCGUUGUGAGAGGUUUAUUGAAGAAUUAGAAAACUAUGGCAAGCAAGUUGAAGAAUUUGAUGCAUAUGGUGAUAUUCAGGAGGUUAACAAAUACCUCAAGAAAGCACAGUUGUUAAAUUCCAAGUUGGAACAAGCCAUUGAAAAGAUUGAUCAACUUAACUCAGAAGAGGAAGCAUUUGGCUGGGUAGCUUCACAGUAUCCACAAAGGAAAAAAAUUCAAGAGUCUCUUAAUCCAUAUCUAAGACUCUAUGAAAUUAUAACGGAGUUUAACACAAAGUAUAAAAAUUGGAUGGAAGGUCCUUAUACUACAGUAAAUCCUGAUCUUGUAGAGCAAGAUGUUGGAAAUUAUUGGAGAUUACUUUACAAACUUGAAAGAACAUUUACAAACUCUCCAAAUGCUCAUUCCCUAACAGUGAAGAUCAAGCAGAAAGUAGAAGAAUUCAAAGAAAUUAUCCCACUUAUUCAGGUUGUUUGUAAUCCAGGAUUACGUGACAGGCACUGGGAGGCAAUGUCUGCUAUUGUUGGCUAUCCCAUUAAACCCCAAGAGGACACAAGUGUUAAUAAGUUCUUGGACAUGAAACUCCAACCAUAUUUGGAUAAAUGUGAAGGCAUUAGUGAAAGUGCAAGCAAGGAAUAUUCACUUGAAAAAGCAAUGGAAAAAAUGGUUUCUGAAUGGGAUCAAAUGGAAUUCACUUUACUUCCAUAUCGCGAAACUGGGACCUAUAUUCUAUCAGCUGUGGAUGAUAUACAGAUGCUGCUAGAUGAUCACAUUGUUAAAACACAAACCAUGAGAGGGUCUCCCUUUAUAAAGGCUUUUGAAAAGGAAAUAAGAGAUUGGGAAGGAAAGUUGUUGCUUCUCCAAGAGAUUCUGGAUGAGUGGCUAAAAGUCCAGGCUACUUGGUUGUACUUAGAGCCCAUAUUCAGCUCUCCAGAUAUAAUGGCCCAGAUGCCGGAAGAAGGAAGGCGGUUCUCAACUGUAGAUAAGACAUGGAGAGACCUGAUGAAACUAGUAUUGUUGGACAAGCAUGUCCUUUCCGUGGUUAUAAUUGAAAAAAUGCUUGAAAAAUUCAAAAAGUCAAAUGAGUUUUUGGAGCUUAUAUUAAAGGGGCUUAAUGACUACCUGGAAAAGAAACGGUUAUAUUUUCCUCGAUUUUUCUUUUUGUCUAAUGAUGAGCUCCUUGAAAUUUUAUCAGAAACAAAGGAUCCAACCAGGGUUCAACCCCACCUAAAGAAAUGUUUCGAAGGAAUAGCAAAAGUAGAAUUUACCGAUGUCUUGGACAUCACACAUAUGAACAGCAGUGAAGGAGAGGUAGUGCAGCUGGUCAAUACAAUUUCCACAUCAAAAGCCAGAGGUCAAGUUGAAAAGUGGCUAGUAGAGCUUGAGGCCGCAAUGAUUCAAUCUGUUCACAAGGUGAUUGGUCAAGCAAUUGAAGCCUAUCCUAAAACAAAGCGUAUUGACUGGGUAAGGGAAUGGCCUGGACAAACCGUAUUGUGUGUAUCACAGUGCUUCUGGACAAAUGAUGUUCAGCUCUCUAUAAGGAAAGGUCAGAAGGCACUUGAAGAGUACCUUGAACAAAACAACAGACAAAUUGAUGACAUUGUUGCCCUGGUGCGUGGGACAUUAUCGAAACAAAAUCGGGUGACUCUGGGGGCACUUGUAGUUCUGGAUGUGCACGCAAGGGAUGUUCUUACAUCUCUUGUUAAAAAACAAGUUAGUGAUGAAAAUGAUUUUGAAUGGUUGAGCCAACUGCGAUACUACUGGGAGGAAGGACAUUUGCAAACAAAAAUGAUUAAUGCUGGAUUACAAUAUGGAUAUGAGUACCUUGGCAAUACACCUAGACUGGUUAUAACUCCAUUAACAGAUAGAUGCUACAGAACUUUAUUUGGUGCUCUCAAUCUUCACUUGGGUGGUGCUCCUGAAGGACCUGCUGGUACAGGGAAAACAGAAACUACCAAGGACUUGGCAAAAGCUGUGGCUAAGCAAUGUGUUGUUUUCAAUUGUUCUGAUGGACUGGAUUACCUUGCAUUAGGAAAGUUUUUUAAGGGAUUGCUUUCCUGUGGUGCGUGGGCUUGCUUUGAUGAAUUUAACAGAAUAGAUUUAGAAGUACUAUCAGUAGUUGCACAGCAGAUCCUUACAAUUCAAAGAGGUAUCAGUACAGGAUCAAAUCUAUUAUUAUUUGAGGGUACAGAACUAAAACUAAACCCUACGUGUGCAGUCUUUAUCACCAUGAAUCCUGGCUAUGCUGGUCGCUCUGAGCUCCCAGACAACCUUAAGGCUCUUUUUCGCACUGUUGCCAUGAUGGUACCUGAUUAUGCCAUGAUUGCUGAAAUAGUCUUAUACUCUUGCGGCUUUGUCACAGCCCGACCAUUAUCGGUGAAAAUUGUAGCGACAUAUCGUUUGUGUUCUGAACAACUGUCUUCCCAGCAUCAUUAUGAUUAUGGAAUGAGAGCUGUAAAAUCAGUCCUCACUGCAGCAGGAAACCUAAAGCUUAAAUAUCCAAAUGAAAAUGAAGAGAUUUUGCUUCUUAGAUCUAUAAUUGAUGUAAAUCUGCCAAAAUUUCUGUCCCAUGAUCUCCCUCUUUUUGAGGGGAUAACAUCUGAUCUGUUUCCUGGUAUAAAACUUCCUAAAGCAGAUUAUAAAAUCUUCAUGGAUGCAAUAAAAGAAAAUUGUGAACAAAUGAAUUUGCAGAUGACCGACUUCUUUGCAGAAAAAAUUUUGCAAAUAUAUGAAAUGAUGAUUGUGCGCCAUGGCUUUAUGAUUGUUGGAGAACCUUUUGGUGGAAAAACAUCAGCUUAUCGAGUUUUGGCUGCAGCACUUAAUGACAUUUGUGAAAAGGGCCUUUCUGAUGAAAAUAAAGUUCAAAUUACAGUACUGAAUCCCAAGUCUAUAACUAUGGGGCAGCUCUAUGGACAGUUUGAUCCAGUGUCCCAUGAAUGGUCUGAUGGAAUAUUGGCUGUUAGCUUCAGAGCCUUUGCUUCUUCGACAACUCCAGAUAGAAAAUGGCUAAUUUUUGAUGGACCAGUUGAUGCUGUUUGGAUUGAAAACAUGAAUACAGUGCUAGAUGACAACAAAAAGUUAUGUUUGAUGAGUGGAGAGAUCAUUCAAAUGUCUCCUCAAAUGAGCCUAAUAUUUGAGCCUAUGGAUUUAGAAGUGGCAUCUCCUGCUACAGUAUCAAGAUGUGGUAUGAUUUACAUGGAACCAACAAUGCUUGGUUGGAGACCAGUUAUGAUAUCCUGGCUUAACCUGUUACCUUCUGGACUCAGCAAAAUGCAUAAAAGCUUUGUUGAAGGAUUGUUUGAAAGGAUGGUUCCGCCGUGUCUUCAGAUGAUUCGAAAAUGUGCCAAGGAAUUGUCACCAACGUCUGAUACAAAUUUAGUCAGAUCUCUUAUGAAUCUAAUGGAUUGUAUGUUGGAUGAGUUUUCAAAUGAAUCUGUAAUUCAUAGCAUGAAUGAAAGGGAAAUUUGCUCAUGGUUAGAGGGCAUAUUUUUGUUUUCUCUAGUUUGGUCAAUUGGAGGAAGCUGUAAGGAAGAUGAUCGUUUGAAGUUUGACAAACUCCUUAGGGAAAUUAUAGAAGGACCACUAAGUGAAGAGACAAGGACUCGCUUUAAAAUUUUGCAUCCUGUUGAUCCACCUGAAAAACAAUUUACAGCUCCAGUUCCCAAAGAAUACACGGUUUAUGACUACCGAUUUGUAAAAGAGGGUGUUGGAAGAUGGGAAUUAUGGACAGAAGACUUGAGUUCAGUGCCACCUAUACCACGCGAUAUGAUGUUUAAUGAAAUAAUUGUACCCACUUUGGACACCAUUAGAUAUACAGCAUUGAUGAAGUUGCUGACAACACAUCAGAAGCCCUCAGUGUUUGUGGGUCCAACUGGUACUGGAAAAAGUACUUAUAUAAUUGAUUUCUUGUUAAAUAACUUGGACAAAGAGACAUACAAACCGCUGCUGAUCAAUUUCUCAGCUCAGACAACAGCUGCUCAAACUCAGAACAUUAUUAUGUCCAAGCUUGACAAAAGAAGAAAAGGAGUCUUUGGGCCUCCCCUAGGAAAGAAAACGGUCGUUUUUGUAGAUGAUGUAAACAUGCCUGCCAGAGAGGUUUAUGGUGCUCAACCACCUGUAGAAUUGCUUCGCCAGUGGUUAGAUCAUUGGAACUGGUAUGAUCUGAAAGACUGUUCCAUGAUCAAGUUAAUCGAUAUACAAAUUAUAUGUGCUAUGGGACCAGCAGGUGGUGGACGAAAUAUCAUAACCCCACGAUUCCUCAGACAUUUUAACACUAUAACAAUUAAUGAAUUUGAUGACAACUCAAUGUAUACUAUAUUCUCCAGGAUAUUAGAAUGGCAUCUUUCAAUAAGAUAUAACUUUCCAAGUGAAUAUACUGUAUUAACACCACAAAUUAUACACAGCACCAUGGCAGUGUACAAAGAAGCAAUGAAAAAUCUAUUGCCAACUCCAACAAAAUCUCACUACUUAUUCAACCUCCGUGACUUCUCUCGUGUAAUUCAAGGCAUCUGUUUAUCACGUCCGGAGACAUCAGAUUCUCCGUUACUUAUAAAGCGCCUAUGGGUUCAUGAGGUUCUUCGAGUUUACUAUGAUCGCCUUGUAGAUAAUGCAGAUCGGUCUUGGCUUGUUGGCUAUAUAGAGGAGGUUGUAAAGAGUCAUAUGAGAGAAGACUUUCAUCAACUUUUUCAACAUCUAGACUUUAAUGGUGAUGGCAAAGUAGAGGAGGAUGAUUUGCGUAGUUUAAUGUUCUGUGAUUUUCAUGACCCUAAAAGGGAAGACACAAACUAUAAAGAAAUAUCUAAUGUAGAUAAACUGUGUUUAGUUGUGGAAAGUCAUUUAGAAGAAUUCAACAACAUUAGUAAAAAACCAAUGAAUUUGGUCUUGUUCAGAUUUGCAAUUGAACACAUAUGUAGAAUCUCCCGCAUUUUAAAACAGCCUCGUAGCCAUGCCCUUCUUGUUGGUGUUGGAGGAAGUGGGCGUCAGUCUGUUACUCGAUUAGCUGUCCACAUGGCUGACCAGAGACUCUUUCAAGUUGAAAUUUCAAAAAGUUAUGGUAAUUCUGAAUGGCGUGAAGACUUAAAACAAAUUUUACGUCGAUCUACAGAGGGGGAAAUGCAAGGUGUUUUUCUCUUUACGGAUACCCAGAUUAAGAAAGAAUCUUUCCUAGAAGAUAUUAACAAUUUACUCAACGCAGGAGAGGUUCCGAAUCUUUUUGCGCCUGAUGAAAGACAAGAAAUAUGUGAGAAAAUGCGACAGAUAGACAGACAGCGAGAUAAAUCAAAACAGACUGAUGGCAGCCCCCUUGCUCUUUUCAACUUGUUUAUUGAUCGUUGCCGAAAUCAACUUCAUAUUGUACUCGCUAUGAGUCCUAUUGGAGAUGCAUUCCGGAACCGUCUUCGUAAAUUUCCAGCACUUGUUAACUGCUGUACAAUUGAUUGGUUCCAGUCCUGGCCAGAAGAUGCACUUCAAGCUGUUGCAACACGAUUUUUAGAGGAUAUCGAAAUGUCUGAAGAAAUUCGAAGUGGAUGUAUUGAUAUGUGUAAAAGCUUCCACACAUCAACUAUUACCUUGUCUGAGAAGUUCCGAGCAGAGCUACAAAGAUAUAAUUAUGUAACUCCCACUUCUUACUUGGAACUCAUCUCCACUUUUAAAACUUUACUGGAGAAAAAGCGGUCAGAAGUAAUGAAAAUGAAAAGAAGGUAUGAAGUGGGAUUAGAGAAACUAGAAUCGGCAUCGUCACAAGUUGCCACCAUGCAAAGUGAGCUAGAGGCCCUUCAGCCCCAGUUAAAGGUUGCCAGCAGGGAGGUGGAUGAGAUGAUGGUCGUUAUUGAGAGAGAGUCCAUUGAAGUGGCCAAGACUGAAAAGAUAGUCAAAGCUGAUGAAGCUGUGGCAAAUGAACAAGCAAUGGCUGCUAAAGCAAUUAAGGAUGAAUGUGAUAGUGAUCUGGCACAAGCUCUACCUAUAUUGGAAUCUGCUCUGGCUGCACUGGACACUCUUACUGCCCAGGACAUUACAGUGGUAAAGUCUAUGAAAAGUCCUCCUGCUGGAGUAAAACUUGUCAUGGAGGCCAUUUGUAUUUUGAAAGGAGUGAAGCCUGAUAAAAUUCCGGACCCUUCUGGUUCUGGACGAAAGAUUGAAGAUUUCUGGGGACCGGCAAAAAGAGUACUUGGGGAUAUGAAAUUUCUCCAGUCUCUGCAUGAAUAUGAUAAGGACAAUAUUCCACCUGCUUACAUGAACAUCAUUAGGAAACAAUAUAUUACCAAUGCAGAGUUUAUUCCAGAUAAAGUUCGCAAUGCAUCUACAGCUGCUGAGGGGCUUUGUAAAUGGGUCAUUGCCAUGGAUUCAUACGAUAAGGUGGCAAAAGUCGUGGCUCCUAAAAAAGUGAAGUUGAACCAAGCAGAAAGUGAACUAAAAAUUGCUAUGGAUAGUUUGAGGAAGAAACAAGCAGCUUUGAAGGAGGUACAGGAUAAGCUGGCCAAACUUGAGGAGAAACUUGAGGAGAACAAACAAAGAAAAGCAGAUCUUGAGAACCAGGUUGAUCUGUGCAGCAAAAAACUGGAUCGAGCAGAACAGUUGAUUGGAGGAUUAGGUGGAGAGAAAACAAGAUGGAGUCAAACUGCAAUAGAACUUGGAACACUUUACAUUAACCUAAUAGGAGAUAUUCUAAUAUCUUCAGGAAUUGUGGCAUAUCAAGGAGCCUUUACAUCAAGUUAUCGACAGAUGCAAACCAAGGAAUGGAACUCAAUGUGUAAGAAUAAGAAUUUACCCUGCUCUGAAGACUAUUCUCUCACCAGCACAUUAGGAGAGCCUGUAAAAAUUAGAGCUUGGAACAUUGCCGGAUUACCUUCUGAUAGCUUCUCUAUUGACAAUGGAAUUAUUAUUUCAAAUGCAAGACGUUGGCCUUUGAUGAUUGAUCCUCAGGGACAGGCAAAUAAAUGGGUAAAGAAUAUGGAAAAGGCCAAUAGCUUACAUAUCAUUAAGCUAAGUGAUCCUGAUUUUGUGCGAACUCUAGAAAACUGUAUACAGUUUGGAACCCCAGUAUUACUGGAAAAUGUCGGAGAAGAAUUAGAUCCUAUUCUGGAGCCACUUCUUCUAAAGCAAACAUUUAAACAAGGAGGUAGUGUGUGUAUUCGUCUGGGGGAUUCUACAAUUGAAUACGCUCCUGAUUUCCGGUUCUACAUUACAACUAAACUAAGAAAUCCUCACUAUUUGCCAGAGACAUCUGUCAAGGUCACCUUGCUGAAUUUUAUGAUCACUCCUGAAGGGAUGCAGGAUCAGUUGCUGGGUAUUGUUGUUGCUCGAGAAAGACCAGAUCUUGAGGAAGAAAAACAGGCACUUAUUCUCCAGGGAGCGGAAAACAAAAGGCAGCUAAAAGAAAUUGAAGACAAGAUCUUAGAAGUACUUUCAACUUCAGAAGGCAACAUAUUAGAAGAUGAAACUGCCAUUAAAAUAUUGUCUUCCUCCAAGGCUCUAGCAAAUGAAAUUUCUGAGAAGCAAACAGUUGCUGAGGCAACAGAGAAGAAGAUUGAUUCAACGAGAAUGGGCUACCGCCCCAUCUCUAUCCAUUCUUCAAUUCUGUUUUUUUCCAUAGCUGACUUAGCAAACAUUGAGCCCAUGUACCAAUACUCACUAGCAUGGUUUAUUAAUCUCUUUAUUAUGUCAAUAGACAACUCAGAGAAGUCAGAGCAUUUGCAAAGUAGGUUGCAAAUACUGAAGGAUCACUUUACAUACUCACUGUACGCAAAUGUAUGCCGUUCUCUGUUUGAAAAGGACAAGCUUCUGUUUUCUUUCUGCUUAACAGUAAACCUGUUGAAGCAUGAAAAAUUGAUUGAUGAAAUCGAAUGGAUGUUUUUGCUGACUGGUGGCCUAGGACUUGACAAUCCUCAUUCCAAUCCAUGUACAUGGUUGCCCCAAAAAUCAUGGGAUGAAAUAUGCCGCCUUGAUUCUGUUCCUAGAUUCAAGGGUAUUCGGAAGGAUUUUAUGAGACUUAAAGAUGGAUGGAAAACAGUUUACGAUAGUUUGGAACCACACCAUGAGGCUUUUCCUUCUGAAUGGCAAGAAAAAGUGGGUCAGUUCCAACGUAUGCUCAUCAUCCGAUGCCUAAGGCCUGACAAAAUAAUUCCAAUGAUUCAAGAGUUUGUAACAGAGAAUUUGGGACGUCAGUUUAUUGAACCUCCUCCAUUUGAUCUGUCAAAAGCAUUUGCUGACAGCCACUGCUGUGCUCCAUUGAUCUUUGUUUUGUCUCCUGGCGCUGAUCCAAUGGCUGCAUUACUAAAAUUUGCUGAUGACCAGGGUUUUGGUGGCUCAAAGCUAAGCUCAUUGUCUCUUGGUCAAGGGCAAGGACCAAUAGCUCUUCGUAUGACAGAAAAAGCUAUAAAAGAAGGCAGUUGGGUAGUCCUUCAGAACUGCCACCUGGCUACCUCAUGGAUGUCAAUGUUGGAAAAAGUUUGUGAGGAGCUGAAUCCUGAGACUACACAUCCAGAUUUUCGCCUCUGGCUUACAAGUUAUCCAUCACCAAAUUUCCCUGUCUCUGUACUGCAGAAUGGAGUGAAAAUGACAAAUGAGGCACCCAAAGGCUUGCGUUCUAACAUUAUCCGCUCAUACCUGAUGGAUCCCAUCUCUGAUCCUGAGUUUUUCAGUAGCUGCAAAAAGCUUCCGGAGUUCAAGAAACUACUUUAUGGAUUGUGUUUCUUUCAUGCACUGGUUCAAGAAAGAAGGAAAUUUGGCCCACUGGGAUGGAAUAUUCCUUAUGAAUUUAAUGAGACGGACAUGAGAAUUAGUGUUCAACAGUUACAUAUGUUUCUAAAUCAAUAUGAUGAGGUACCAUAUGAUGCUGUAAGAUACAUGACAGGCGAGUGUAACUACGGAGGAAGAGUGACUGAUGACUGGGAUCGUAGGACACUUCGAAGCAUUCUGAAUAAAUUCUAUAGCCCAGAAAUAAUUGAAAAUGAAAAUUACACAUUCGACUCAAGCUACAUUUACUAUGCACCUUCAGAUGGAGAUUACAACCAUUAUAUUGAAUAUACAAAGACCCUCCCUCUGAACUCUUCUCCUGAGAUUUUUGGUAUGAAUGCUAAUGCUGACAUUACUAAAGAUCAGUCAGAAACACUGCAGUUAUUUGAUAACAUCAUUCUAACACAGUCACGGACGUCAGGAGGUGGCGGCAAAUCUUCAGAUGAAACAGUGUAUGAAGUGUCUGGUGAUAUCUUGAGUAAACUUCCCAUGAACUUUGACACCGAAGCUGCACUGAGAAGAUACCCAACCACUUACACUCAAAGCAUGAAUACUGUAUUAGUCCAAGAAAUGGGUCGAUUUAACAAAUUGCUUUCCACCAUAAGAGAUUCUUGUAUCAACAUACAGAAAGCAAUAAAGGGCUUGGUGGUUAUGUCUGCAGACCUGGAAGAGGUAGUAAUGAGCAUCCUAAAAGGAAAGAUUCCUGGUAUGUGGAUGAAGAAGUCUUAUCCAAGCCUUAAACCUCUUGGCAGCUAUGUUAAUGAUUUUCUUACAAGGCUCAAAUUUUUACAGGACUGGUAUGAAAAUGGAACUCCUCCAGUUUUUUGGCUCUCUGGCUUUUUUUUCACACAAGCAUUCUUGACUGGAGCACAGCAGAAUUUUGCUCGAAAGUACACAAUUCCUAUUGAUCUGCUGGGCUUUGACUUUGAGGUCUUAGAAGAUAAAGAAUACAAACAUGCACCAGAAGAUGGUGUCUAUAUUCAUGGACUGUUUCUUGAUGGAGCCCGCUGGGACAGAAAGACAAAGAAGUUAGGAGAGUCUUACCCUAAGAUUCUUUAUGAUUCAGUACCAGUGAUGUGGCUUAAACCUUGUAAGAGAUCAGAAAUUCCACAAAAACCAAGCUAUCUUGCACCAGUUUACAAGACCAGCGAAAGAAGAGGGACAUUAUCCACUACAGGACACUCAACCAAUUUUGUUGUUGCAAUGACCCUACCAUCAGACAAACCUCAGGAGCACUGGAUAGGGCGCGGAGUUGCAUUGUUGUGCCAGCUUAACUCUUAAAAACAUUUCACUUUCAGUAAUUGUUUUACCUGGAAUCUUUUGAAACAUUAAAAUUUUACCGAAACAACAUAACCGAAUAAAA